AUGAAAGAUUUAAUGAUAACAAUGAAAGUAAAAUAUGGAAAAAAUAAAUUAUCUAUUAUGAUCUAUUUAGAUAGUGGAACCAAAGGUUAUUUAUCAGAUGAAACUUCAGGAACUGUUGAAAUAUUCAUAGAAUCGAAAAAAUUACUACAAAAUAAUAUAAAAGCUGAUGAAGAUGAUAACGUUGAUGAAAAUGAAGAUUGA